CACUACACACACUACCCAGAGCCUCUCUACUCUCUAGAGAGAGAAGGAGAAACAGUUUGCUCCCAAAAAAAAGAAGAAUCAUCAUCUCUACUUCUCUCUAGAGAGAGAACAGAGGAGAGAAGAAGAGAGAGAGGGAGAGAGCAUAAAUUCCUCAUAGCAAUCCAAAAGUGGAGUCCCUGCCUGCGUCGUAGCUCGCUGCAGGCAGGCAGACAGGCAGGCAUCUUGUCUUAUUGCUUUUCUGCUCCGCUGCUGCUGCUACUACAUGCACCUCUCUCGAUCUCCUUUUGCGCCAUUACCACCACCACUGCUGCAGCUGCCGAUGCCUCGAGCGUUUAUUGCGUGAAUGCUCUUUCUGUUGCUGCAAUCCAUAGCCACCAUAUGCUGAUGGAUCUCUCUUCCAAAUCCAAAGCUAGCUGCCACCUUCCUCCGAUCCACAGCAUGCAGCUAGCUAGCUAGCCACAUGUUGGAUCAGUAAUAACCAGUGAGAGUUCGGGUUCUUGCCACUGCCAGCCAGCUCGAUCAAUCCACCAGGCGGAGACGAAAGGUUGGGAGGAGCAACUACGUACUACAUACUGCAGGAUGGAUCGUGGCUUCAACGAGAUCGUGUUAAGCGAGAGCGUGUGGAGUGGCGGAGGAGAUGGAGAUGGUGGGGUGGUGGCGCUGCCGCCGGAGGUCGGGGUGGGUGGUGUCAAUGCGGGUGUGGUCGACGGGAGCGGCAUGACUGUGCUGGAGAGGCUGGUGCUGGACGAGGCGCUGGCCGCGGCGAUACUUGAGCUGCAGGGCAUCCAGGCGGCGCAGGGGUGCGGUGGUAAGCUAGCGAUGGUGGCGCCGCCGCCGGCGGCCGGUGACGGCGGCGUUGAGGCGGCGGUGGCCUUCGCCGGGAUGGCGACGGCGACGCCUGCCUACGCUGACGUUGACGCGGAUGUCCUGCAGCGACAGCAGCAGCAUCACCAUCGCCACCAGGGCGUGAUGGGGAUGGCUGCCGAGUACGACGUCGUACCAGCAACACCGGCUGUCACGUUGAACGCUGUACCACCUGCGUUCGCGGCUGAAGCCGCCUCCGUUGACGGCUGCGUCGACGCGGCGGUCUUCUCCGGCGUCGGCAACGACGACGUCGUCGACGCGGCGAGCGCCACGGUGGCGAUGGCUGCCACGCACACGGCGACGACGAGCCAGUGCGAACAAGUCAGAGGAGGCGGCGGUGGCGGAUGUGGACGAAAGCAACGGCGACCGGGAAGAAAGCGGAAGGCGUCCGAGCCCAUCGCCGCCGCGGCGGCGGACAUGCCGGCACCGGAGAACCCUCUCUGCAGCCUCCUGGCGUCGAACACCGCCGGCGACGGAGGCAUCCAGAUCGCGUUCAGCACGAGCGCUCCGGCAUCCAAGCGAGCGAAGCCGUCGCUGAGCAGCAGCUCCUCGAGCAUCAGCUUCGACGGCAGGGGCUCCGGCGGCAACUGCGGCGACGACCCCCUGUACGAGCCCGACACGGAGGCGCUCGCGCAGGUGAAGGAGAUGAUCUACCGCGCGGCGGCGAUGCGCCCCGUCACCCUCGGCGCCGAGGACGUCGGCGAGCGGCCGCGCCGCCGCAACGUGCGCAUCUCCUCGGACCCGCAGACGGUGGCGGCGCGGCAGCGGCGGGAGCGCAUCAGCGAGCGCCUGCGCGUGCUGCAGAAGCUCGUCCCCGGCGGCGUCAAGAUGGACACCGCGUCCAUGCUCGACGAGGCCGCCAACUACCUCCGCUUCCUCAAGUCCCAGAUCAGGGAGCUACAAACCCUAGACCGCCGGAACUACCCCAACUCCGCCAUGAACACCGCCGCCAUCUCGAUAGCCGCGGCAUCAUCAUCCGGUGCACCGACCUACAACAACAACAGCGACAGCAACGCCGCCAUGCCAGCCUUCGCCUUCCCGGAAACCCUAGGAUGCGGAGGAGUUGAGCAAUUGAUCUAAUCGAUUAGCUAGAUAGAGAUUCGAGACGACGACGCCAUGAAGGCGCAUGGCCUCAUGCAUGCAAGCAACUGCCGUUUAUGUUUUGUCCAAUGUGAGACCAUCAUAUGAUAGAUUCAUCAUUGUUAGCAUGGUGAUUAAUUAGCUAUGAUCAUAUCGAUGGAAUCAUCAUGUUACUCA